AUGUCAGAAAUCGAUUAUGAUGCUAUUCCAGGUACCUCUCACUUAUUGGAGACAGACCUAAUUAACCAUAUGGGCAAAAAAGACACAGACAAGGGUGUUAUCCUCAUCCCAACUCCAUCUGAUGAUCCCAAUGACCCCUUGAAUUGGUCAUAUACCCGUAAGCUGAUACAAAUAUUUUGUAUCGUUCUCUAUUGCUAUGGUGGUGGUUGCGUUGGUUGUGUGAUCUAUAGUAUUCUCACGGAUAUUGCUGCUGCUCCCGGUGUUAAUAUCACUGUGGCCCAAUUGAACCAAGGUACUGGUUAUUCAUUCCUAUUUCUUGGCUUAGGAAACUUGGUUUGGCUUCCUCUUUGCCAACAGUACGGUAAAAGACCUAUCUAUCUUAUCUCUAUGAUUGGUGUCGUUGGAUUCAACCUCUGGGAACCAUUCAUUCACAGCAACGGCGAGUGGGUUGCUUCUAAAAUCCUUCACGGUUUUUUCUAUGCUCCAAUUGAAACAUUGCCAUCGAUAACAAUCGCCGACAUGUUUUUCGAGCAUGAAAGGGCCACCUAUAUGGGUAUCUAUGGAGUGGCUUUGUUUUCUUCAAACUAUGCUGCUCCUAUGCUUGGAGGCUUAGUUAACGAUGCUCUAGGAUGGAGAUGGACUAUUUUUAUUGCAAUCAUUUUUGCUGGAGUCUGUACUAUCGGCAUGUUCUUCCUUAUGGAAGAGACUAGGUAUGAUCGUAAGAUCCGUGUCAAGAGAAACAACGAUGGAGGCAUUAUCAGUGCUAUUACUUCUCGUGGCGAGGAGAAGAUUCCCGCCAUCAUUGAAGUUCUACCAAAGAAAAACAGUGAUUCCGAGGACUACGACGUUGCCGAUAACUUGGCCAACCAAACUUCUGUUAUCGAAGCUGAUGAGGAUUUCACUUAUCCUCCUUUAAAGACGUUCAGACAGAGACUCUCUUUGACUUCCGGCUUUCAAAAGGAGAACCACUUACGGGAUUACUUUUUAAUGCCUUAUCGAAUGGUUCAAUUCCCAAUUGUUCUCUACAGUGGAUUCCUUUACGGAACAUCUCUUUUCUUCUACUCAAUUUUGAACACUACCGAAUCCCUAGUUCUUGGUGCCGAGCCUUACAACUUCUCUUCCUCCAUGUGCGGUUUGGCAUAUGCUUCUGCUGUGAUCUUUGUCUUUAUCUGCUAUCCGAUUGCUGGCUGGUCCACAGAUUGGAUUAAGAUCCACAUAGCCAAAAAACACAAUGGUAUCUCACAGGCUGAGGAUAGGCUUUGGAUCUUAUUGGUGUACACCUUCUUGGGACCUGCUGCUUUAAUUCUUUGGGGCGUUGGUGCAGCCCAUGGCAUAUUUUGGUUUGCUGUUGUGAUUGGUUUAGGUCUUAUGGCUGGUCUCUGUGUCAUCGGUUGUGUCUCUUCUGUUGUCUAUACAUUGGACUGCUAUCCUCAAAUGAAUAUGGCUGCCAUUACUGUGGUGAUUAUUAUUCGAAACACGAUGAAUUUUGGCAUCGAUUACGCAAUUACUCCAUUCAUCACAAACGUCGGCCUACAGAAUACCUUCAUAGCCUGCGCUUUCAUCUGCAUGGCAUGUAUUGGAUCUUUCUUGAUUAUGACGUAUACGGGAUUAUAUUGGAGAAAGAGGACCAGAAAGAAUUACUGGAGAAUGGUCGACGCCUAUAGGAGAAAAGGUGUCAUCAGUUAA